CGUCAUAACGUCGUUGUUACUUUGGCUAACAACGUCAAAACAGAAACAGCAAUCUUUAAAAGCAGACGACGAUUUUCUAGCAGACGACAAUUUAUAAUGAAGAAAACAACACAAAGCGUAGAACGUCUUCAGGACAUGUUAAAACAUGCAUCCAGAAAGAGGAAGCGUUCCGAAAGCCCUCGUGAGGAAUCGCUACCCCCAGCAAAGCGUCCAAGGAAGAUGGUGGCUGUGGUUCCACUAUUUCCAAGAACGUUUUUAUUAAAGGUCAAGAAAUGGCAAGAUAGGAAAAGAAAAAUUGAAUUAGGUAUGGCUCUAUACAUAGAGGCACAGUUGAAGAAAAUGGCCGACACAUCAUCUUCGCCACCAGAACCUGCAGUUUCAUUAUCAGUUGAAGCAUUAGAGGGAAUUAAGGCAGCCGAGCAGCUGAUUGAUGAAAUCUCGGCCGAGAUCGCCGCUUCCUUUCCAAAGCGUUAUGGAAUCAUCAAGAGGCUGGAGGUCAGCAAUGUUGCAGACGACAGUGACGAGGUCAAGGUCGUUCCAGUUAAGCGCCGUGGCGGAUGGAGGAAAAAGGGAGAGAAGCGAUACUAAAUUGAGUGAUAAAAAGACAAACAAAAUGCUAAAAGCAAACGCCAUUUGAUAGUUUUAGUAAGAGACAUGGCGUCACUUGACAGGUUGUCACUUUCAAAAAUCUAGCAAAAGUGUGAUUCCUCGGACGCAUUAAAAACAACAAAAUUACAUGAAAAUUGCAGACUCGGUUUGAUUGAGUCUGUACAUGAGGGAUAAUGAAGAAGUGCAUAUGAGAUGAACAGUGGUGUGAGUUUAAACUGAAAGUGGUACUUUCAGAAGUAACAGUUGAUAUGAGAGUCACCAGACUUGAUUUUUUAAUAUUUGAGCUCCCCAGCCGAAAGAAAACGAAAUAAAAAUUUAUA